UACGAGAUGUAGUUCAAAAAAUGACUAAGACGGCUUGGAUUGGACUGUACAAUGACAUCAAUAGCUGGCGGUGGUCUUAUCAAAAUAAGGAAAUUGCAUUCAGCACUUGGAGCUCCGGAGAACCAAACAACUAUGGUGGAUAUGAGGCUUGUGGUGUGACGCAGGGUAGCUCAUGGAAUGAUUAUGAUUGCAAUGGUCUAUUUCCAUUUUUUUGCUUCAACGUGAAUGGAGUAAACAGGUUUGUUUUCAUCAGUAAUAUCAAGACCUGGAAGGAUGCUCAGAGCUACUGCAGACAGUAUUACACAGACCUUGUCAUCAUUCAGAAUCAAACUGAAAAUAACCAGCUGAGUGUGCUGAUGAAACCAUAUGCAAAUGCUUGGAUUGGACUCUUCAGAGACGUGUGGAAAUGGUCAGAUGAAACAAAUGUCUCCACUUCCUCCUUUACUAGACUGCCUUUACAAUCUGGGCUGCAUAGUCCUUGUGGUGUUUCAGAUCCUGGUGGUAUAAUCAGUUAUCAGGUCUGCUCAAACGUUCUCCCUUUCCUCUGCAUGCACCGUGCAAAGAAACAGAUUGUAAGACUGAGGGUCAAAUCUGGUCAGAAUCUCAAUGAUCCUGCAGUGAUGACUGUUAUCUUACAGUGGAUAAAACAGAAGCUGAAGGAAUGGGGUAUAGAAAAGGAAACAAAAGUGACAUGGAGAGUUCAGGCAAAUGGAUAUGUGUUUUCACGAGUUACACAUUUUUAAGUUUCAGCGGCAGCAGUGGUGGUCCUGGCUCAAUUUGACUCCAGCUGUGUGCUCAAAAGUGUCAACACUGUGGCAGGACAUGUAAAAGGAGUAAUUCUGUGCUGGUUGAGAAGAUCAGCAGUACAUGUAAAAUGUGUUCAUAUGAUUGAUAUAUUGUAAACUCCCUUAAAACAGUUAAAUGCAACUUUUAUUUUAAUUAUUUAAUUUGAGGUUUAUUUUAGCACAGCUGUGAUUUCAUAGUAGUG